AGGUCGAUCUUCCAAGGGUCGCCUGUACUGCUUUUCCUGCACAAGUAACAAAUAUAAGCUCAAAGGACCUCAGGCUUGCUCAGCCUGAAAGCCACUCCGAUGCUUAAGUCAGAGAGGGUUUUUUGGUAGGUAAAUGAGUGUAAGAGUAUUUAAGUCUGAUUUGUGCUUACCCUUCUCGGCAUUCAGUGGCUUCCUUUUAUAAUGAUUUUAAGGCGGUGGUUAUCUGGUAAAUCGUGGGUUUGUCCCACGAUUAUUGAUAAUGGUGAAGGCACGUUCCAGAUUAUCCCGGGUAGUGGGUGUCAGGAAACAGAGUGGAUGAGGUCGCCUGGAUGGCAGACCUGGAGGAGUCCGCCCGAGACAGACAUGGGCGAUGGGAGAUUUGGAGACCCGUUGGGCGAGCAUAGCAUUUGUUAGGCGAUGCCUGGAGUUCGAAUAUUAUUAGGUCGGUAUCAGAUGUCCCCCCCUUGUAAUUUUGCUAAGUCAAAGACUUGAAGCGCCAAUUUUUCAAAAUUCGAAUUUCCGAAAUUUUCGAAACAAUUUUGAAUUUCAAACGUUUCUUUCAACGGUUACGAAUCUGAAGCGUUUUCUGACUAUAAAAGAACGCGACUUUUGGUUUUUCAUUGAUUGUUUCGAGGAGUUUCCUGCUGUCAGGCAUUCGAGUGUAUAAAAGAGGCUUUCUUCGAGUUACAUAGCACCGGACUUUCUCUCUCAAUCAGUAAGUGGCUUAGCUAUUUUUGUUUGUCUUCUUGCUUCCUUCUUCUUGUUUGCUUUCAGAUAGUAUAUUUUUAGGAUGUCUACUUUAGGGGUUUCGGUGUCUUCCCCUUCUUCUUCCUCUUCCUCUGAGAGUUCUGCCAGUGACCCAACCUACCCUGUUCCUCUUGCUACCCUCGUUGAGUUGUCAUCUGACGAGGAAGGGUUGUCUCAGAAGGUGAUCCCUGACAGUGAGGAGGGUGUUGAUGACAGGGAGCCAGAGGGCGAGGCUCCCCUUGAGGAUGCUGGUGAAGAUGAGGUCGGAGAUGGUGGACUGGGUGAUGAUGAAGGAGAUGAGGAGGAUUUUGUUUUUAAGAGACGUAAAGGGACUUCUGGGACAUCUUCUAGUAAUAAAAAACCCUUGUCUGAGUGGACCAUCAGUCUGGGUCAAGAGGCCCUUGUUUGGAUUAGGGCGAGGUACGAAAUUCCCCCCUUCAUUAGCCUUCGGAUUCCAUCUGAGGGCUCGGCUGUUAGCCAGGUCUUAAAGGAUGAUGAACAGUUGCUAUUCGUUGAAGAUUUUGAGGCGGGUUUGAGGCUACCACUCGAUCUCUUCACCCAAGAAGUGUUCGAUAAUUUUAAGAUCCCCUUGGGUCAACUCCAUCCUAAUGCCCACCGUCACUUGACCGGAGUUUUUAUUCGUGGUCUCCAACUGAAGAGACAGGUGGGCUAUGAGAUUGUUAGGGCGAUCUAUUCUCUGGGAAGGAAGAAAAGCGAUGAGUUCUUCUACUUGCAACCCGGAAGAUCUCCCUUCACUGGCCUUCCCAAUUCUUUGAAGCGGUGGAAAGGUAACUUCGUCAUCGCCAAAAAGGAAGGUGGUUGGGGCUCCAUUCCGAAUGUUUUUGUGGAAGGGCCCCUUAAGCUGGAAAAGGCGAACCUGAGCGAGGUUGAUAAAGAGACGUUGCGUCUGCUUCGAGGUGGCGCUAAGGUGCAUGUAGUGAAUCUGAUAGAUUCCUACUUCGGGUGGGACCAAAGUGUUGCCUCCAAGAGAAAUAAGAGAGCGCAGGGUGAAAAAAGGGGGAAGAGGAAGAAGAGUGAGGACAAGAGGGAGACAUCGCCUGAUAAUGGAGAUGAGUUCCCUGAUAUGGGCGAACCACUGCUUUCUUCCCCUCUUAAUAUUUCUUCUAUGCCUCUUAGUCCUUCUGGUAUCUUGUUUGUACCAUGAAGUUUUUAUUCCCUUUUAAUUUUUGUGAAUCGUUUUCUGAAUCUUGUUUACUUUGAUUUUUCAGUGCCGAAC